AGCGAAGCUACUACUAAUAUUCAUAUUGUGUUUAGUAUCGUCUUUUUAAAAGCAUCAGUAUGAUUGCAGCAUCAGUCUGUCAAUAGAGUGAGAUUUGUAUCGUCUUCUCAUUUUUUAGCAUCAAUCAAUAGAGUAAGUGUAAGAUUUGUGAUUUAAACCUGGUUCCUCGAUUAUACUAAUUGGGUUGAGAGCCGCCGCAUCUAAGCAAUGAAAAUGGUUUCCACAACAUACUUUUUUCUUUCUUGGCUGACAAGUAGAUGACCGGGAUGAGAAAUGCCGAAAGAACAGCACGGGUAUUAAUUGGAAAAGUAUCGUAGUAACUAGUAGUAUAAAUUGCAUUGCAAAUUAGCUCAGUGCGACAAAUGCAAUUUGUAAUGCUGUUUUACCUGAGGACGAAGAUUUGUCAUGCAUAUGUGCAAUUAGUACGGGCGCGAUACUUUUGCAGAGCAUAACGGAGCAAGGAGGAAAGCUCAAUCCCCACCUCGGCGUUCGAGUCCAGCGUGGAGCAGCCGCAAGACCCGCAAAUUAAGGACGACCCACCAGCAGCGGCCGGCAAUCCAGCAGGUGCAGUUUCGGUUUCCAGAACUCAGCAGAAUGUAAUAUCCUCGCAACUCCAUGCAGAAGAACCGGCAGUGCGCCGCGAAGGAAAUGUGGCGCAGCUGCUGCCCCUGCCCGCUGCGCGCGAUGAU